GUAGGGCGGCUCUUUUUUUUUUAACUCGACACACCCAUUUCGACAGAAUUGACUCUUUUCGCAUGUGGAUUCGACUCCAACAGCUCGGAUCCAGAACACAGUGUCCAGUGUUAAUUUGCAGAGAAAACAGAAAUGAAUUACUAUCUGUGGAUUUUACUUUUUGGAGCUCUCCUGAUAACUAAAGCACAGGACUUGAGUCUUUUUGAUGCCUUACCUGACGAAGACGAUCCUCAACCUACAGAACCACCCAAGCCAGCAGGAGGUGGUGACUUAGACCUUGCAGAUGCUAUCCCUUCAGAUCCUAAGCAACCUGUUGUCCCGCCAAAUAGUGGAGAUCCUAAGCAACCUGUUGUCCCACCAAAGACUGAAGAUCCUAAGCAACCUGUUGUCCCGCCAAAUAGUGGAGGUGGCUUCUCUGAUGAUGAUCUUUUGGAUGGUAAAAAACCUGAUGCCAGUCAUGUGGAUUAUUCUGACGAUGCUCAAAAUGAUCAACCUAAAGAACUACACCAGCAGUUGCAGAAGGUCCUGAUGUUGCUAGGAGAUAACUUGCCAGAAGGCCUCCUUGCCUGGAUUGCCAACUCUAAACAAGUUAUAGUAACCCUUCUAGAAAAGCUGAUGGAACUCCUGGACUUAAAUGAAGCAGAGAAGCAAUCUUGAUGAUCCAAUGGGCAGCGAGUCGCUCUGUCUGAUUUCAUUAAAAUCAGAAGGCAUGUUUGAACAUGUUACUGAAUCUGGUUUGGUGGCAAAGACUGUUAUUGGUCUUUCUGUUCAUAUUAAGCUUUGUCUGGAGUUUUUCAGUCUUACCUUGGGAUAUUGGAUUUGACUUAUUUGUUUUUUUCUUGAUCCCUGAAUUGUUCUUUUAGCUGAAGUAUGUCCCAUUUGCCAACCUUCCCUUCCUUCCUUUCAUUCUUUUUAAAGACAUUUGUAUUUUCCUUCCUAUACAUCAGCCCCUAUUUUUUUCACUCUCAGAACUACGCUUCUUCUUUGCUUGCUUGAAAUCUAUUCUCACAAUCCAGUAGUGUUGGUUUAAUAAUGUGUUCGGUUCUACUUUUUGAUCGAACCAGCUCCUCUGUGGUUUUGUGGUAUGAAGUCUUCCCUUUCACUCGGGGCUCGUAACGAUACAUUCCUCUCCAAAAAUGUCAUCGAAUUAUAUUUCCGUUCUCGCAAAACUUUGACACUUUGAAGUUUUUGUUUCAUCCUGAAAUUGUUUGUUAAAUUGAAGUUUUUGUUACACCCUGUAAAAUAUUUUCCAAUAUUAAUUAUAAAUAUUUUCAUAUUUUAAAUUGGUAUAGUUUGCAAAACCGUAUAAAAAGCUUAUAAAAAAAAAUUCACAUUUUUUCCAAAUUGAAUGUUUACGUUCAGACUGAUUUUCUUGUAAAGUAACAACUAAAAAAUUUUAAGUAGUUAAAGAUUUUUGCGGGAUGAACCGAAAACACUCACCAUUAAAACGAAUAAAUACAUUUCACAAUUAACCACAAGCAUGUUCAUUAAAGCCUAUUUGUGUUUUAAUAACACAAAUGAUCUCGCAGUGCAUAUUCAUGUUAUUCUUGGAAUUAUUAUAUUUGAUUAUGAAUGCAGAAAGACAAUGAGUCUAAACAAAUAAUUGCACAAGAUGAAUUCAUGUCAGCGUCAGAGUCAAUAAACGAAGUAACAAAUUCACCAUACGCCAUACGUAUGUAGAUGUCAAUUUUCUGCAUUAUAUUUUGCAUUAGAUUGACUAUGAUUCAUGGAGAUGCACUGAAAGACUUGUAAAUGUUAGAUAAGAUCAACAGUUAGUAAAGUCAAUAAAUCAAUCAAAAUCCAUAUGCAAAUGUAUUGCUAUAGCGUUAUAACAAUGGACAUUGUCUCCAAACAGCUUUGCAGAAUAUAAGAAACAUAAUGCAAAAAAAUAAAUAACAAUCAAUAAAUAACACAUUAAAUUUGGACACCAUUUUGGUCACAUGACAUGUCCCAGUAGUUUCCUUCUGGUCCCUCACAGCUAGCCAGAUGGCAAGAUCUUGACACCACAGACUUUUAUUGGCCAAGGACUAACCAAGUGUAGGACUGACAUGUAAAGCAACCAAUCACAUUUUGUUUUGUUUAGCAAAUUUCGAAAACAAACUUUCCCAGUACCUCAGGAAAAUCUGUUAGAAUGAGAGAUUUAGCUCAUUUUCUGCUUUCCUCACAAAUCUCUUGCUUGUUUUGCCAUAGUCUUUUUUAUAUCACCUCAGGUGUUUUUCUACCCCUCUUUAGACAAAACCUUUGGUGUAUGGAUUGAGAAACGUUCUUAAUUAAGAGGCUUCUCUUAGGUUUAACGUCUUUGUUCCUUGAAACAUGUUGUCAUAACAAGCUAGCCGUCACCGUUACUGACAUUUCAGUAAGCCAGAGAGAGAGAGAGAGAGAGAGAGAGAGAAAGAACGUGAGUCAUAACACAUACCACACAUAGCAUGUGUUUAUUAGUGGGAGAACAGAUCAGACACGUGGUGUUCUCUGAAACGUGACGAAAAGAGAGAUGAAGUCCUCACUGCACAUGUUCUUUACUUUCUCAGAACACAUGGGAUUUUACUUUAUGUUUUUUUACAUUAGAUAUAGAUUUUAACUAGCUUCCGUUUUUUUGUACCGAAUGCAAACAAUCCGUUUUAAUGUUUCAUUGUUUAUUACUGUUUAUUUCUCUUUAUUUGUGAAGUGUUUAUUUCUCUUUAUUUUUCUCCCCUUCCUGUGUCUAACUUCACCGUCUCUUGAGUUUCUUUAAAUAAACCUUAUAUGAAAGGUGAAACCAUUUUAAAUUCCUUCACUAGAGAAGCCACUGCUAUUAUUAAAUCUCUGAGCAGGACUUAUCUAUAACGUGGCGUCCCUGAUGACAUUUUCAGAUUGGUGUGUGUUUAAUGUGUUUGUGACCUCUUUCGCUUCAGGGUGUUUAUUGGGAAAUGGUCUGAAUUCUUAUCGAUUGAUGGCUGGCUUUAAAAUAAAAAAAUAUUUUCUUUAAAAUCUGUGGAAAUCUA